ACUUAUAACUUCAAAGUGAAGAUGACACAAAUUAAGAGUGUACAUGGUUUCUUAAAAAUAAAACAAUGCAAACAAAUUCAAGUAAAUGAGGAAAGUGAUCCCCAAGAGGCAAGAGUCGAUAAAAUAGGGUCCCAUAACGCAAACCCCGCGCCUUCUUUGACACAACCUUUCCGCUUAUCUCUCUCUCCUUUUCUCCACCCUCCGAUCUCUCUCUCUCCAUUUCUCAUCCGUCCGAUCUCUCUUCCUCUCACUAAUCUAUAAUCUCCCCACCAUUUUAUUUUAUUUUUCUAAAAAAAAAGAGAAAAGUCCAGUAAAAAUAUAAAAAAGUAAAACCGAUAUUCUUAACUUCCUCAGAUUCUCUCUCUUCUUCAGUUCUUCUUCAUCUUCUCCUUCUCUCUCACAUCUCACUCACUCACUCAUUUUCUCUCUCCUCCAUUGUCAGUUCACUCUGCUACAUUUGGAUCACACUUUCCCAGCUUUUCCUUCUCCCAUUUUUUCACUUCUUCUUAUUUUCUCUCUCCUCUUUUCUUCCUACUUUGCCGACACCUCUUUCUCCCCCAUAUUUCUGCAUUUCAACUUCCUUACUCAGUUGAGAACAAUGGCAGAAUGUGGGACUGAUUGCUGGACAUGACCAAAUGAUGUACUUCUUGUUAAGUGGAUCUGACUUGUGCUGACUUGUAUGUUUUAUGGACCAUCUUGGUGAUAUUAGGAGUAUUUCUAGGGAUCGGAGAUGCACGACGUCUCCAGAGACUAAUUUUGUUCCUCGUACUCGUCAAGGUACAAAGUUGCGUGAUAUAUUGUUGUCUGAUAAACACAAAUUGUCAUAUGCUGAUUUUCAUCACGAGAUUACUAGAAAUCCAGAUGAUUCCUUGCCUAGAUAUGUAGGUAGCCAACAAAGUCAGGUAUUAGAUAAAAGGAUCUCUAAAGAGGACGAACUGGUCAGAUACAUGUCAAAUUUACCAAGUUAUUUGGAGAAAGGAAAGAAUUUUCAGGAGAAAGGACUGAAUGUUGGUGUCCUUGACUGGAGGCGCCUAGAAAAAUGGCGGUAUAGCCAAAAACAGUUGCCUACAAAGCAAAGUGGGUGCUCUCCAUCUAGUAGCACCACCUCUCUUUUUUCAACAGAUGGCUCAUCAACCCAUUCUAGCAAAGGUCAGAGCUGCUCCCCUGCUCGUCAAAGGUUGCACCGUCUCUCCCUUGAAUCUCCACUGGAAGCUUCACCAAAGGAAAACCAUGUUGGAGAUGCUAAAUCUUCUUCUGGAAGAGGUCACAGCUGCUCUCCAGCUCGUCAAAGGAUGCAACCUCCUGUGCCUCAAUCUCAUCCCCACAAGGUAUAUGCAGGGGGGAGACCUUCGCCAGAUUCCGAGGUUUAUGGUGGAAAUACCCUGAAAUUCCAAGAUUCAACUGAUACGGUUGGCAACAAUUUGAGCAGACAACAAAGGGUUUUUGGAGCAGUACAAGCUGUACAACCAAGUAGAAGACAAGAGCCUGACUUGAAAUCUGUCUCCGAAAUCGGAAAACAACAAAACUUCAAUAAGUAUGAGGUUGGGGCGCCUUGGAAAGGAAAAACAAAGAUUCAAAUUAUGGAAUCUGCCAAAGAAACCAUAAGGUCACAAGAAACGAAGUUGAGUGCUGCUUAUCAAGAAUGCUCCGGAAGGGAGAAUUCAGGGGUUGUUGACAUGCCUAGGGAUCCAUCGGAACAUAGAUGCUCUAGUUUGACUGCCAUGUCUAAUUUUACCGUGGAUGGUCGAUUGUCAGUAGAGCCAUGUCAGAGGAGCAUUUUAGGUGGAAACAAUCUUGGGGCCCGGCUUCCUUCUAAAGAUGAACACAGAAAGCAGUCUGAGCCAUCUGAAUCUUGUUCCAAGUCUCCAGAUGGGGUCAAAAGGCCUUCUCAACAGUCAAAUAUGUCACUUCAUUCAGCUAAGGUAGCUGACAGUUCAUCCAAGAACAAUGCACAAGGGGUCAAAGGUGCCCCACAAGCAUCACAUAUGUUAUCAUUUCCUGCUAGGAUGCUUAGCAGCCCAUCCAGGAGCAGGAAUGCGGAGGAGAAGAAGCCAGUUGCUGGGUCUAGGAGUGCAAUUGCAGUGAAGCCUUUUCCAGAGUUGGACACAAGAAAAGGUUCAGAGUCCAUUCCGAAAGCAAGAAACCCAUCUCCGAUUCGCAGAUUAAGUUUUGCAAUGGGAAAGAUGAUUAAGAGUGCCGGUUCCAGAGAUAACUCACCCCUUCGGUCAAGUUCAAAAGAAACUGUUGCGAAAUCUGGGUCAGAGGCGGUGGUUGCUUCUGUAUCAAUUGAUAAUUUUUGCAGUGAUAAGUUGUCUACUGAUAGUAAUAGAGGUAGGUCUAGUCCUUUAAGAAGGCUGCUUGAUCCCCUUCUUAAGCCCAGAGCAUCGAACAGCUCUGAGCCAUCAAGGCCUUCCAGUGGUAAUAAAAUGGGUUCUAGUGAUGCCCAUCAUAAUUCAAAUAGUUCGUCAUCAUUUCAAGCUCUUCUGCAGGUAUCAUUUAAGAAUGGACUUCCUCUGUUUACUUUUGCCAUCGACAAUGAAAGCAACAUUUUAGCUGCCACUGUGAGGAAGUCUAGUGUUCCAGGAAAAGGUCAUCAUAGCUGGACUUACACUUUCUUUACCAUCCGUGAAGUUAAGAAAAGGAGUGGGAAUUGGUUUAAUCAAGGAGGGAAAGGCGAUGGUCAUGGUUAUGUUCCAAAUGUUGUGGCACAAAUGAAGGUUUCAGAUUCCCCGAGUUUCUUUACCAAGCAUGGCCAUGCGGGUAAUUAUAUCACCAGAGAGUUUGAUCUGUUUGCAGUGGAUGUUGGGCAUGGAGAUCAGUAUGCUACUGACUUUCAUCCAACUAAUGAGCUGGCAGCCAUUGUUGUGAAGCUUCCACAAAUCAUCACUGAAGAUGAUAGUAAAGAUGACCAGUCAAGCUAUAACUGGCUAGACUUGUUACAAGAUUCCAGAGAGAAUUUGGAGGAGAUGAGAUCUGCUGACUCCAGUGAUAAUCUACAGCAUCAGCAAUCACGCUUAAGUCUGAACUUAAGAACAACUGUCAUCCUUCCAGGUGGUGUUCAUACAGUACCUAGUAAAGGAGAAAUAUCUACGCUAGCCGAGAGAUGGAGGUCUGGUGGAUCAUGUGAUUGUGGUGGAUGGGAUUUGGGUUGUCAGCUGAGAGUGCAUACGAAUCAUAAAGAAUAUGAAAGGAAAAUGGGUUCUUCUGGAAUGUUGCUGAACAAGGACAAGUUUCAAAUUUUCUCCCAGGGGCAAGAUAACCAACCGGUAUUGAGUUUGGCGCCAUUCAAGAAAAGAAUAUACUCGGUGGAAUUCAGUUCAUCACUCUCACUUUUACAAGCAUUUGCAAUCUCUAUAUCAUUUAUAGACAGUAGAAGACCCCCUGAGAUCUCAGAACCGAGCAGCAGUGUCGAAAAAAUCAGUAAUGAGGCAGGCCUUUUUGAGGUUGCUAUGCGAACAAAGGCAUCAUAUCAAGGGGAAGCUCCUGCAAGAUAUGUCUCAUAUCCACCCCAUUCCCCUGUUGGGAGAGUCUAGGGUUUUCUUACCAGGGAUUUCACCCGGGCACGGUGAAGCUGUUGUGUUAGCUAUGCUUUCUCAUGCCUGAAAGUUCCCUGCAUCUUAGAACUUCUUCCUAUAGUAAUUAGAUCAUAUAUUUAUCCUUUUUUUUUGUUCCCCAGGGAAGUUUAUAGGGCAGAAAAAUGGAGUGAUUCGAAAGUUUGGGGGCGGGGAGGGAUCAACUCCGGUAAUGGAUAAAGGUAGCAAUAAUUAUCUUGCAAUUAGUAUCUCUUUUGAUAAAUAAGUUUCUGUAAAAUAGUUAAAAAGGCGUUGGAGUAAACAAGUAGAACUAUAUCUUCUUGUAA